AACUGAAGGUCAAGAUAAAAACUCAAACUCUUCAGGGAAGUCAGGAACGAAAAGGAAAUAUGUUGUCACCGUCCCAGAAAAAUUCUUUUCGAAGGUUAGCAGUGGAGAGAGAUCCAAUGUGUACAAAUGCUUAAUGGGUUGUGUGAAUAAGACCAUUAAUGUAAACCACACAAGUCUUUAUAAUGCUCGCAGACAUAUUGAGACUUUCCACAAACCAAGAUUAGUCGAGUUCAAUUCUUCAUUUGGAGACCAAAGACUUCAGGACAAGACACAUAAUGAAGUUAAGAAUGAUCAGGCUCCGAUUGACAAACAUUUGGUCAGUACAAAAGAUCCUCCAACCUCAAAGCAAAUUUUAACUCAAGACGAGCUAGAUGACAGAAUAAUGAAAUUCAUUGUAAAGGACAUGAACGCUUUAAGAGUUGUUGAAAAGGAAGGUUUUUUGGGGCUCAUGCAGGGCGUUGUCGGAAAGUUAAGGGUUAAGAAAAGGACUUUCUUUACUGAAAAACUGAAGAAAGAGUAUUCUAACUCAAAAACUGCUCUGUGUUUGGCCCUUGAAAAGGCAACUCAUAUCUGUACUACGGCCGACAUGUGGACAGCGCAUAAAAGAAGCUACUUAGGAAUGACAGCCCACUGGAAAGGAGAAGAUUUGAAGAGAAGCAGUGCUUGCCUAGCAGUCCGUCGAGUGAAAGGCCGACAUACUUUCGAUGUAAUUGCGAGUACAAUCAACGAAAUCCACAAAGAAUUCAAGAUUCAAGGGAAGGUAAAUGUUAUGAUAACUGACAGUGGGUCAAACUUCCUGAAGGCUUUUAAAAUAUUUGGAGAGAAUGAAUUGACUGAAGAUCAAGAAAAUUUGCAAUAUGAAGAAGACGAAGAUUACGAGGAGGACGCAGAUGGCGUUGUCUAUUUGGAUUUAGAUAACAUUUUCCAAGAACAUUAUGGAUAAACAUCAUUGGCACAAGAAGAAAUAGUUGAAAACGAAAAUGAGGAUUCUGACACGGAGAUUACUGACGAACCGCAAGAACAGAUUAUUGCCUUACCACGUUAAGUGCCCAUGUCACUUAUUGAACCUUAUAGCAACAACUGAUAUUUCUAAAAUAACGAAUCCAUCCUUUAAGAAAUUGAAAAAAAGUGGAUCGAAAACUCCAAAAAAUUUGGAACAAGCAAUCUCGAAGUUCCUCGGCUUGUGAUUUCAUCAAAGAGAAAUUGGGAUUGCUUUUCAUUUUACACAAUCAAACGAGGUGGAAUUCAUUUUAUGACGCCCUGAACUGUGUUCAAAAAUUUUUUAAGACGAAAACUACGGAGCUGGACGAAACAUUCCGCCACUUUGCAGUCAAUCCCUUAACACAAUCGGAAAAAGAAUUUAUAGCGGAAUACGUACGCAUAAUGGAGCCAUUUACCGAAGCACUUGAUGUUCUACAGAAUGAAGAAAACAUGAGUAUUGGAUGUGUUAUACCCACCAUAAAGCUACUCAUAGAAAAAAUGGAAGAAUUCCGGACUGAUCCUACAAUAAUUUAUUGUGGGCCUCUUGUUUCUGCUGUUCUCCGUGGAUUGCAGACAAGAUUUGAACGCUUACUGACCGAGCAUCAUUUUAUCAUUGCCUCAAUUAGUGACCCAAUGUUUAAAAUGAUAUGGGUAGAUGAUAUUCUCAAAGCUGAGUAUACUUCAUUACUAAAAGGAGCAGUCAGACGUUUCAAGGAUAGUCAGCCACAUUCGUGUUCGUCUACAGUUGACAUCCCAAAUUGUCUAUCACCGAAAAAGAAGCGUUUCCUUGACGGAUUAAAUCGGCGUGCGUCAACGGAAGUCGAUGAGGUGGAGAAAUAUUUGACAGAUGAGGCAAUUGACAUCGAUGCAUUAGAUCGCUUUCCCAACAUUAAGAUGGUUUACAGAGAGUACAACAGUGGCAUCCCUUCUUCUGCAGCAUGUGAAAGAUUGUUCAGCACAGCAGGUCUUAUAUUCACUGCAAAAAGAUGCAAUCUUUCUGAUAAAAAUUUUGAAAUGUUAGUAUUUCUCAAGUUGAAUGAGUCGUGUUGUCGUGAGUGGGCCUGUAAUCCAUCAAAAACGAGCACUAGAAGUAACAGGAAAUAACUGUGUAACAAGAUUUGUAAUUGUUUUGAUGGACAGUGGAGUCACUCCAGAAAUACAAUGUUUUGGUGA